CAUACCAUAGACUGUAAAUAGAGUAUAAUAAUAAUUGUAUACGUCUAUCGCCCAUACAGUCUAGCCCCUCUCCCUUUAAACUACAUGGACCAUAAUGCAAAGCAGAGCGUAACGUCACUUACUCCGGCACCGGUCUCCUGCCAGUCUAGCAGACAGCUGAGAGGGUUUCCAGACUGACUGACUGACUGACUGACUGGGGGUCCCGGCCCAGCACGGUCUUUUGUCAUCGAGGCGUUGGAGACCUUAUUGUGUUUAAAUGGCGAAAACGUACGAUUACCUAUUCAAGCUGUUGCUCAUCGGAGACAGCGGAGUGGGUAAAACAUGUCUGCUGUUCAGAUUCAGCGAGGACUCCUUCAACACCACCUUCAUAUCCACAAUAGGAAUUGACUUUAAAAUCAGAACUAUAGAGAUGGAUGGAAAGAGAGUAAAACUCCAGAUUUGGGACACUGCAGGGCAGGAAAGGUUUCGCACCAUCACUACAGCUUACUACAGAGGAGCAAUGGGCAUUAUGUUGGUGUAUGACAUCUGCAAUGAGAAGUCUUUCGAAAACAUAAAAAACUGGAUUAGAAAUAUUGAGGAGCAUGCCUCAUCGGAUGUGGAGAAGAUGAUCCUUGGAAACAAAUGUGACAUGACUGACAGGAGACAGGUGUCCAAAGACAGAGGGGAGAAACUGGCUAUUGAUUAUGGAGUUAAGUUCAUGGAAACCAGUGCAAAGACAAGUUUAAAUGUAGAAGAGGCUUUUUAUACCGUGGCACGAGACAUAUUACAUAAUCUGAGCUCAAAGACGACUGACAACAGUGCUGGAGGAUCAGGCAAACCAGUCAAGAUCACAGAGAAAAAGUCGAAGAGGAUAAAAUUCUUCAAGUGCUCACUCCUCUAGGCAGCUCAUCUCCAGUGUUCAAAACUUGAGCAUGACUUUGUGGUAUUUUGAAGGGUUCUUGCCUUCCAGGUGUCCUCGCAGCAGCACCAGUGCUCAUAUUCAAAGGGCCUCACUGCCAGCUGACGCUCAGGUUACGAGUGGUUAAUACGCCAUCCAAAAAUGCUGAUCAGAGGAGGAUGGUUGAGGACUGAGUCCUGAUACUGUGUAUACAUUAAUGCAAAAGACUUGAGCAGGGUUGUCAGCAUUGGUUUGUAGCUGGCCAUGCAGUAUCUGCUCACUAGAAGAGGGGAUUCUCUUGGCAUUCAUUAUACCUCUGCUGCAUCUCAAUCAUACAUAGUUGUCUUAUAAAUGGAAAAAAGAGAAACUUUCAGAUUGUUUCAUAUAUUGUAGCAUUACACUACCUAUUGUCAUACCUAACUACCAUGACGCUGUCAGACGUACAGUAUCAAAUCUUUUGUAUUGAUUGUAUUAGUCUAAAUCCAUGUAUAUCAGUAUGAGCCUAUAGCCUUUGUUGCACAGGCAUCAUAUCCAUUUGUUCUUGUGUGCCUAUAGAAGGAAUCAUGGGUUGUGAUUGUAAAGAAAAAAAAUACAUCUCACUGUAUUAUCUUAAACUUUUAUUUUACCAUAAACCUUAAUUUGUACAGGUUCUUGUGUCAAAAUGAAACUGUGAAAGGUUGUUUUCUGAAAGACAUACUUCAUAUUGUAAUGUGAUUGUCAGUAUUUGCAUGAAAGCUGUAGGAUUACCUCAGAGCGGAUCAUUAUUAAGCACAUUUUGUAAGUGAUUGAACAAAAAAAGUUUAUGGACAGUGUUUGAAAGUGUCAAGCAUAUAUGAAAAGGUCAUGUUUUUGCUGUUCACAUAUUGUAUAUUAUGUCAGCACAACUUACUGUUGUGUAUAUACUUCAAAUUCUCCUUCAUCUGUACACAUCCAGCAGGUUUCCUAUACAUCUUCAAUGUUAAAACAUAAUGACUAGGAAAUCUGUUACGUGAAAGAUUGUAAGCUGCUGUAUGUAAUGUGAAUGACAAGCAAAGGCAGUAAAGAAAGUUGGCCUUUCAAAAACAAAA